CUGCUUGGAAAAUGGCUCCUGGUAUCAGCAUCCUGAAAGCGGUCAGGAGUGGUCCAAUUACACCAACUGCAUAGACUAUGAAGAUUUGGAGUUUCGCACCUUUGUCAAUGAGCUCUAUGUCAAGGGCUAUGCUGUCUCUUGUCUUGCUUUAAUAUUUUCCCUCAUUAUUUUCUUGGGUUUUAAGUCCUUACGUUGCACCAGAAUACGCAUACAUGUCCACCUCUUUGCCUCGUUGGCUUUUACUUGCGUCACAUGGAUUUUGUGGUAUAAACUGGUCGUGGAGCAACCUGACAUGAUACGCAAUAAUCCGUACUGGUGCAUUGGUUUACAUCUUGUAAUACAUUAUUUCAUGUUGGUCAACUACUUUUGGAUGUUCUGUGAGGGAUUACACUUGCAUUUGGUAUUAGUAGUG